UCUCUUAAAUUUUAGUGUCAUUUAAUUACACAUGAGAAACUGGCAAUGACUCAAGCAACUCCACGACGUUCGCCCAAGGAAUGGUUCAAGAAGUACUUUCUCGAAGGUUAGUGGCUUAAAAUUGUUUCCAAAAACGAACUUUUUAUUGGAGAGAAUUAUGGGGAGAAACUUCGACGUUUUGAGUAAAGGUCGUUCGGUAAAGGUCGUUCGUCAGAGGGUUUACUAAUUAUUGGAUAGCUCAAGAUCUAUGAUGUCAACGUCAGCUAGAACGUCAGCGCUAAGCAGAGGACUGGGACUAGGCCGUCAUCCUAAAUAAGUAAACAUUCACACUUUUAAUUAAACUAGAAAUAUUUACAUCCUUUUGAAAAUGAAGUUAAAGAGACGCGUGAAUUCAUUAUCGUUUAAUUGUUAUGCUCUUGUAUCCAAAAAUUACGCUCUUGUUAAGUUGUCGACGAACGUCUUGGUGGACGACGAGCAAUGGGCCAUUGGACCUUACACAGGUUUCCGUCCCAGUUCCAGGAAUUUCAGUUACAAUACUGGACAUUAAAAUUGGCCAUUUUAUACCACCAAGCAUUUAUCCAAAAAUCAAAUACUAAAAUAAAGGCGAGUUUGGGCCAAAAUGUUUAGAUUCUAGUUUAAGAAGUCCCGUCUUAACCUUAACCAAGAAUUUUUAACUAAAUUUUGUGUAUAACACAGUUUCUGAAGGCGUUCGAAAAUAAUGCUGAAGUCAGCACUUUUAUGUUCCAAGACGCUGUAACUCAGGAGUAAUUAAUCCUAUUGAUUUAAAAUUUUUGGUGGACUCUCGUAAUAAUGAUUUAAACAACAUUAUAAAACGUCCAGUAUUGUAACUGAAAUUCCUGGAAAUUAGACGGAAACCUGCAUAAAGUCCAUUGAAAUAGGCGCAUGCACAAUUCAGAAAAUAUUGCCAAUUUACUUCCUCUUUCCGUCCUUAAGCUAUCUAUACUUCGCAGUCGAUGUCGUAGAUCUUAAGCUAUCUAAUAGCUACUAAUGAAAACCUUCGUCCGACUAGUAAUCGGCCACCAAUCAAUGCCCACUCCACCCUCCUUCAGAGCAAGAGAUGCGAAGCAAUGGUGGAGCGAGCCGCCAAGCAAAUUGCCAGAUUUUUUGUGCUCAGGAUUUUCCAGGCCCUAUAGAAAUUAUGACCUUCCCAUGUAUGAGCUAGCGAGGGCGUGUAGAGGAAGCAGAUAACGAAAUCCCAAACGAAGAGCCUUCCCUAGAAGUUUUAAUCUCCAUACAAAGGAAAUUGUAAUACACGAGUUCGAGUUAAUCCCGAAUUUGAGUUCGGCUCGAGUUGAUGUCGAGUUUGAGUUUACUAUAAAUUUUAAAGUCUACUACAUACUCGGAUUGAACAGUAUGUCAGUAUCUCAUACCGAAGUUCCUCGGCCCAAUAAACAAUAUAUUCAGCCUAAUUCAGGGACGUCACUACAGUUGCUUUUCGGAAAUUAAUGAAAAAAUUACGGAAAAGUUAACCAAAAAAAGGUGAAUAACUAAAACGUACCUUAAACAGAAAGAAAAUAAAAAUAUAAUAUCCGGAAAAAUUUAUUGUCUCUUUAUCCAACCCCUCCCCCCCCCCCCGCCCCACCCCCGCCAACAAUGUUGGGAAAAGAAAUAUUAAUUAAUGGUUGAGAUAACUCGUCAAAAUUUUACUUACAUCCCCCAUUGAGGUAGGGCUAGCGCCGCCCCUGAGUUGGUCAAAAUGUUCGCCGAAACUUGGUCAAGACACCCCCCACCCCCGGCCCUCCCCCAAAUGCCCAUUGUUAAUGACUUCGCGACGUCCCUGAAUAUAUUGAUUCAAUACUGCAUUUGUGAGCAAAACUCGCACAUUAGCAUGAUGGAUAAAAUUGACUGUCUUUAAGGUCAAACAUUGACUAGUAGUCAAACUAAAGCUCUUGAGAACUUGGAUCAAAAUGCUCCGUGGUAUUCCAAGAUAAUCGUAAAGCACCGUCGUGUGGUCGGCAUUUUGAUUCCGUUCACCAUCGUGCAUUUCAUCUGGUGGAGUUGUGCCAUUCGAUACAACUACUGGGAGCUAUUCCCUGACAGAUACUUCAUAACAAUCACAAUGGUUUUUGGAUCCUUAAUUGCAGGUAACGAUGGUAAACUGGAAUUUUCGAACGCAAAUUCAUAUACAUUUUUUAUAUAAAUUUUACAUCUGACAAGGAUCUCCUGGCCAACUGGCAUGUAGGAAUCUAGCCGGAAGCACUGCGAUUCCCGUACAGCGCUCUAAUGUACAGAGUCAAGUUGCUUAGCGCUAACCAGGGCCGCCGAGAAAAUUCGCGGAGCCCGGGGUAAAUCUUCUCUGAGAGCCCCACAAUAUCAUUAUUUUGAAGCUAGACCCAAGUCAGUCACCCAACUAGACCUUAGCUAGACUGCAUGUAGAGCUACUGUAACGGGUCCCCGUUUUCAAAAAUGCUCUGACAAAUUUAAAGAACCUACUCAAUGUUACGCUCUCUCUCUCUUUCUCAAAUUGGGGCCCUAUUAAGGUUGGGUCCCUUGGCAAUUUGCUCCCUCCCCCUCCUGGCACUAACAGCAAAGUUUAAAAAUGUAGACGUAAUUUUAUUGCGCUAUGUAGGAAUGACAAGUGAAGGAGGUAGCAGCGUUGCAUUUCCAGUGAUGACAUUGGCUUUCCAGAUCAGUCCCUCGAUUGCACGAGAUUUUUCGUUGAUGAUUCAGUCGGUUGGAAUGACUGCGGCUGCAUUUACAAUAUUCUGGAUGAAAAUUCAACUGGAAUGGAGAUCUGUGAUAUUCUGCACAACCGGUGGAGUUCUUGGGAUGGUCAUCGGACUAGAAUUCAUUGAUCCAAACCUCACACCCCCACAGAAAAAAAUGGGUUUCGUUAGUAUUUGGUUCGCAUUCGCGUUUGCUCUUUUCUUGCUGAACGUUUACCACAAACGAGUGACGUUCAAGAUCAUACCAGAGUUUACAACUUGGAAAGCGUGCACACUUCUUGUGACUGGAGUUUUUGGUGGUAUAUUCUCUGCAAUAUCUGGCAGCGGCCUUGAUGUUUGCAGUUUUAGUAUACUGACAUUACUGUUUAGGUAGGUAUGCGCAGGUAGAACGUUAUUAGAGAACACUGAUCAUGACCAUCUCAACUGUGCUACUUUCGACAAGGCGUAUGAAAAAACUGCACAGUUCCUUUAACUGCAAUUUCCACAAAAUUUUGAAAACUUUAUUCAAGCAUGUGUAGUUUAGAGUCUGCUAACAUGCUUGAAGUUCGAAUUAACUCGUUUAUGUCGAACAUCAACCCAUUUCCCGUGGAUUUGCUUUUGGGCCUGAAAGGGCUUCGGUGAGAUCGUGGGUUCGAUUCUUGCUGCAAACUGAUCAACCCAUGAAUGACAGUUAUGUAAAAAGUGUUAGUAAACGUUAUACUGAUAGUUAUCGGAAUUUUUCAGGCAUUCUGGUUUUCUUCCACAGGGAAUGUUGACAGGGUGAGUCGGGACAAAUCCCAAACUCUAUCGCCCUCGGUAAGCCUUCGACUCGAACACGCUGAGCUGUGUCCUUCGCAUUCCUAAUUCAGCUUAACUCGCUUAGCUAAGUCAGGAUGAUUAACCCCCCCCCCACCCACCCCCACCCACCCCCACCCAGCCUAUAUAUAAUUAGCAAUUGUACUUGUUUAUUCCCCCAAAUUAACAUAUUUUUACACGUAUUAACAUAUUUUAACAUAUUUUUACACAACAUAUUUUUACAUGUUUAGAGUUUCAGAGAAGACGGCCACGCCAACCUCAGUUGUGCUUAUGGCAGUGAACACUGUGGUUGGUUUCUACUGGCGGCAAGUCAUGAUGCAAGCUAUCCAUAUUGAUUCCUACCAGUAUCUCGCUGUCUGCGCUCCGAUUGUCGUGCUGGGCGCCCCGCUGGGCUCAGUCAUUGGCAGUCAUUUCCAUCGCCAAGUCCUCGCAUCGUUCAACUAUUUGACAGAUACGGUGGCUCUAAUCAGUGGAUUUGUUAUUGUCAAAUUGGACGCCACCCUAGUUGGAGUUUCCAUUGGGAUCAUCGCAUUUGGUUUUGUCUUCUUUGGUCUACUUUGUUAUUUUGGGCAUCGACUCAUGGGGAAAAUUCUCAAGGAUUGGGAAGAUUUAGGAAAUAAUGAGCGUGUGACUGUUACAGAUGGGUCUAGCACGAGAUGCAAGAAGGAUCUUAAUGAAUAUGACGAGGAACAUUCUCAAGGGAUGAGCUACAUUGUUGAAAACAGAGGUGUCAUUGAAACUCACGAGGUAAACUCCAAUCUCGAGAAAAGUGAUUCUUGUUACACAACACAUUUUUAAAAUAGUCAAGAACAAUGCAAGUAUUUUUAUAUGUUAAUUGUUUAUAUAAUCGAUAUAUCCUGCACCAAGAACUACCAAAUACUGGGCUAUCACUGUAAUUAGGAUAAGUUCUAAAACGUCCACUACAGCACUACUAAAAAAACUGAAAAUUAUAUGUGAAAAGCUACUAUGGCAAAAAAUUCGCGCGUAGCACUUCAAAUUGUCUGGUAUUUUGAUACAGUUCAAAAAACACAUUCCAAAAUUGCGCGCUAUGAAUUCAAAUUGCGUUUUAAACCUUACAUUUUUGUGCGCAUGUCAUCUUUAAAGUGGUUUUGGAAAACAGCCUUGCUGCACUCGAAAAUUUACUUUCCAGAAUAAUUUGCUGAUAGACAUACCAGAAGACCCCAAACUACCCACACUAACAUUACCACAAAUUUUGCGGAAUUUUGAGUUUAGUGGACAUUUUAGAACAGUGCACUAUUUUUUUAUACACGUAUAAUGCUUAUAACUACAUCGAACUCUCUAAUGAAAAAUAUUAUCAAACAUAAACAUUUAAUUGUGUAUGACAUCAUCUUGGUCAACUUUUUCACUGUCAAAGUUACCGGAUAUGAAAUAAUUAGAUGAUUUGUAAAUUAGUUUUUCUUUAUUUGUUGCGUUAAAAUUAAUUAGAAAUUCAAUAAUAAUAAUUAAGACAAAACGAGAAAUUCAGAGGGAAAAUUCUAACCAAUAGAAAGAAUGUAGCUACAGUACAGGUAACUGUACUAUAGGUAUAACCUCAAAAAUGCAAUUAUAAGUGUAUCCAUCUUAAUAGUGCGAUAGUUUAUAAAGGUAUGUCUAACGAAUGUUACAUUGCAAAUGCAUUUUUAGCAAAUCUAGGACACCUAAUUUUUAAAAUUUUCUGUAAGGAUCCCCCUGAUAGUGCCUUUUUUGGCAUCUGUAUUUUCCCAUUUUUCCUUAGGUCCGACCCUGGAUGCAUGUUAUCUGAAUUAGUUUUAUAUUCCAAAAAGUAUUAUUAAAAGUAUUAUUACAAAGUUUCUCCAUGCACUCCCCAUAA